CCGAGCGGCAUGGCCCGAGCUCCCAUGAACUUUGCCAAGACGCAUGCACGAAGGCCCGAUGUAUCGGAGCAGCUGCUCUCUUUAGAGAAUUUGUAUUCAUCGUGUUUCUCGAACUACUGGCAGCUCACAAAAGCGCGAUUCGAAGGUUGCAUGUAUUCUCAUCCCCUCUGGUGCCUGGCAGCCUCACAUCACAGUGUGUGGUCUCGUGCACGAAAAAGUCUGCCAUGCUUGACCAUGCUUGGUGGUGGAUGUAGACAUGCAGGCCCCUCUCGAUUGGCUAUGACGAGGGAAGUUCGGGCAGAAUGUGGGGUGCCCACCACGCGAUCUGAUCAAAAUCUGAUAAGAUAAUGGGGCAGGAAAUGGAGACUGUCGCGGCAGAAUAGAGAACGAUGUCAUGGCCUCAGGCCGUGGUCGGCGCAGGGCGGCCAAGGUAAAGACGGCUUUCGAAGGAAAAACUCAUGGGUGAGCCCAAGUGACCCUGAUAUUAACGUGAGGGGUGAUUGAC